AUGCCCUACUACCAUGCCAAAGAAGAAGUCCUGAAGGGGAGCAAAGCCAAGAAAAAAUGGCCAGAGAAAUACCAUGGGAUCAACAUAUUCAUGGACAUCUCGUUGUACACAUUAAAGAAACGCAGGGAAUUCCAAAGCAUCAUCACAUUGCUCAGAGAACACCGCAUUGCAUACCACUGGGGCUAUACGGUGAAGAUGCUGGUGCACAGUGAAGGGAAGAUUAAAGUCAUCUUCUCCCCGGCAGAGGGCCAGUGUAUCCUGAGAGAGUGGAAUAUUGCCGAGCUGAACACAGUGGAUCCGCCUUAG